AUGUGUAACAAGAUAUUCGCCGAUCGAAAAGUUGUGUUGUGCUUUAAUCUGGACAACCCGAAGACUAAGACAAUACAUGUUGUACCAUACAACUUGGCUAAUAUAAAAAAUGGACCCUCUGAAGUACAUGAUGGAGUCGACGGCUCUGAAUGGAAGAAUGGCCUGAUGAAGACAAUAAAACGGAGUGCAAUAGCAGAUUUUCUAGCCAGUAGAGCUCUAGAAGAUUACGAGCCUUUGAACUUUGAUUUUCCAGACGAAGAUCUGAUGUAUGUUGCGACCACUGAAGAAUAUGCUCAAGAAAGACAUCAUUGGAAACUAAAUUUUAAAGGAAUGUCUAAUGCUAUAGGUAAUGGAAUCAGGGUAGUCUUGGUAUCCCCAAACAGAGAUCAUUAUCCCUUUACUAGUAAAUUGGAUUUUGACUGUACAAACAAUAUGGCGGAAUACGAAGCAUGCCUCAUGGGUAUCCGUGUAGCCAUAGAACGUAAGAUCAAAGUAUUAGAGGUAUAUGGGGAUUCUGCACUAGUGAUCUACCAACUCAAAGGUGAAUGGGAGACGAGAGACCCCAAAUUAAUCAAUUAUCGAAGGCUAGUUCUUGAGCUAAUUGAAGAGUUUGAUGACAUCACCUUCUGCUACCUCCCACGAGAUAAAAAUCAAAUGGCUGAUGCCCUGGCUACAUUAGCUUCCAUGGUCAAAGUGAACAAACAAAAAGAUAAUCGUGAAUACCUUGACCAAACAACUGAGAAUGAUAAAAGGACGAUGAGAAGACUGGGUAGUGACUAUGUCUUAUAUGAGGAGAUCCUUUACAAAAGAAGAAAUGACCAGGUUCUUCUAAGAUGUGUGGAAGCUGUUGAGGUUAAAAGAAUUUUAGAAGAAGUCCAUGAGGGCGUUUGCGGAAUGCAUGCUAAUGGUUUUACAAUAGCCAGGAAAAUCAUGAGAUUCCAGUAUUAUUGGUCCACCAUGGAAGGGGAUUGUAUCAAUUAUGCCAAGAGAUGCCAUAACAUGGAUGUCAUUGGGCCGGUCUCGCCAAAAGCUUCCAAUGGGCAUCGAUUCGUUUUCGUAGUCAUUGGUUACUUCACCAAGUGGGUAGAAGCCAUUUCUUACGCCAAUGUUAGGAAGUCAGUAGUCAACAAAUUCUUGAAGAAAGAGAUCAUAUGUCGGUAUGGGAUGCCAGAAAAAAUUAUAUCUGAUAAUGCAUUGAACUUGAACAACAGCACUAUAGUGGAGACUCCCACUGGGGCAACGCUUUUCUCAUUGGUUUAUGGAAUGGAAACAGUUUUGCCCAUUGAAGUAGAGAUUUCUUCUCUCCUAGUUUCAGUAGAGUUGAAGUUAGAUGAAGCAGAAUGGAUUCAAUCCCGAUAUGAUUAG